AUGACGCCAGAUCUUACCUCUCAUUCGUUUCGACGUGGUGGAGCCAUGCAUGCCAACGACGGUACCUUGGCGGAAAACUGGAUUAUCGAGCGCGGGGGCUGGCAGCUGGACCGCGUCAAUAAGGCCUUCGGGUACAUGCUUGGUACAACCCAAGCCGACCAAAAGGUGUCCGGCGUCCUGAGUGGCUGGAAGCCCAAGGACGGUGCGCGGCUACCAACGCUAGCCGCUUUGGAUACGCCAAUCUUGGCCCGCGCUCGCAAGUUGCAGCAGCUUCUCUUUUCCAGCACGAUGGCGUUCGCUGACGCCGCCUUGAACCUCGACGACGACGUCGCAGAUGUCCUUACGGCUACCCUGUUCAUGCAUUACCCGGACAUGUUAGUGCUCUGCCCAAGCAGCCCGCUCAUCACGAAGAUACGUGAGCUCCUAGCAGAACGAGCCAUCGGCGAGUCCGAGCUGCUGGCAUGGAGCGUGACAAUUAGCAAGGCAUUCGUGACACCUCAAGCAUCUGAGCCUUCUGCUAGUGCUGGUGAGGAGCCGUCGCCUGCGUUGAUUGAUCUCAUCAAGCGCCACUCCGAGCAGAUCGAUGUUUUAAUCCUACAGAACAAACGACUCGAUGAGCGCAUAUUAGCUGUUGAAGCACACCUCAAGACACUUACCAGCACAGCCGCAACUCAACCAGCAAACACCGACGCCACGCUUCCUGCCUCCGAGCAACCACCGCCAGUUGGGUCUAAGACGACACGCCCGAAGAAGAAGGGAGCCCAGUCGUUGUCGGCGAUCUGGUUCGAGUGGUUUACAGCGGAUCCUCGCGUGUAUGCGUCGCGUUCUGUAAAGAACACAGCGUUGUACGAGUACAGGCACAUCACAGGGUAUCUCAUGCUCUUCUUACCUGAAGGGUUUGCGCUGGACAUAUCGUCGCCUGCAUACAAAAGCGAGGUGCUCGAGCUUGGCGAUAAAGCACAACUGAACGCACUCACCUUCUUGAAGUCGCACGGCUCCUCCGCAGUCGCAGCAGGUACAGCAUUGAAGGCGCUUCGUCAACUUCAGAAACUUGGAAAACUUGACCAGCUCAUCACACAGUUUCAUGAACUUGUCGACCGUGGCUCCGUUGUCGAUCCAACUCCACCUUCAGCAUUGCCGUCCUUCAUUCGCCUGAAACCUAAGCAAGAUUAA